AUUAUGAGCAAUAACAUGACUGAUAGAGGAAGAGGGAGAGGCACUGGUAGAGGUAUUAGUAGAGGUAGGGGAAGAGGGAGAGGUAGAGGUACCACCAUUGUGCCACCACCUUCUACUUCUCAGCCAACACAUUCUAUUGGAGAACCCUCUCAUUGUACUACACAACCUACACAUGGUUCCACCUCCCAAACACCUACAACUCCCCAAAGUAACCAAGCUACACCUACCCCUCAUGUUACUUCCACUUCCCAACCACAUUUAGUUCCUCAAACUAACCAGUCUAUACCUACCCCUCAUGUUCCUUUAACACAAUUCCCAAAUAUGAUUGAAAGACCACAAACAAAUCCCUCCAUUGAUGCUACUGGUAGUCCAAUUGUUGGAUCAUCAUCCUCUAUUGAUCCAUCUUUAGAAAUUGGAAGCUUUGACUCUGAUGGACGUAUUUGGAUUCGCCCAGGUCCACAAAACACAUUCGACCCACCAAUUCACCCUACCCGUGAAAUUUCAAGAAUAAUCAAAGGGAAGUUUGAAGGGUCAUGGGAAUCAUAUGGAGAGGUUAAAAGCACUAAUGAAGGUGUGGCAAACAUGUGGUUUGAAGAGUUUCAGAGAAAGUUCAAGUGGCUGCCUGAUCAUGAUGCACAAAUAAGAAAAGCAUUUGACCAUAAAGCAUCUGAAGGGCUUUCAAAUGCUAUGUAUAGGGUGCGACGAGGCAUUGAUCAAGGGAGUUGGAUUCCAAAGCAAAAACUUGUAGAACUUCAACAAAAAUGGAAUGAUGAGAAUUGGAAACAUAAGUCAAUGACUAAUGCUAAUAAUAGAAAUUCUUCUAAUGGUUCAUUGCAUACUGGAGGAUCCAUUCCUACUUCUGAGCAUUUUAAGAGAUUGAAUGAGUAUGAAAGACGGUUAUCUGAAAGAGAGUCACAACAAUUAUCGGGAGAUCAUGCUGCCUCUAGUGUGCAAUCUGAAAAUAGUAUUUUCUAUGAUGUUGUUGGUGGUGUGAACGAUAAAGGAAGAAUAUUUGGUUUAGGUUCAGAGGCUGGGAAGUAUAAACCUUCUUCUACAUUCUUAGAUGGUAUCUCAAAUCCUGAGUAUGAACAAAUGAAAAAUCUUGUUUCAAAUUUGUCUGAAGAAAACAAAACAUUGAAAGAACAAUUAAAAAGCCAUGCAGAUUUGAUUCGUGCUUCACAGGAAGAGUCUCGGUUGGUUCGUGAGCAACUGAAGCAAUUUAUGGAGAUGUUUUCUCAAUCUUCUCGUCCUCCCCAACCUCCUCCUACACAUGAUGCUGACACUAUACAAUCUGAUGAUAAUGAGUUAGAUGAUGAUCAUGAUAUAGAUGUUUAGGGAUGCAUUAUCU